CAUCAUAUGAAAUAUCAAAGAGUACUAGGUAUACAUACUUCGUCUAGUGUUUCGUCUGAAAUUCUAUCUUAAUAUUAAAAUGUCCCGAGUCAGGUCACAUUUCUCGUGUACCUAUUUUUCCAAGGCUCCUUUUUAUUGUUUCCUUAGUCAAUAAUGUCUAAUGAGCCUGAUAUUCCGUCUUACGACCUACAACAAUCAGUAACAGAUACUCCGUUACGAUCACAACAACAACAACAACGGCAACGGCAACAGGAGCAAGGGGAGCAGCAAGAGCAGCAACAAGAGCCCCUUGAUGGCGAAUCCGGACGACGUCGUUCGAGUUCUGACCCGGUUGGUCGAGGUCGUCAGAGACCAGGCCUAGCAAUAUUACGACCUCGUAGGGGAACAAAUGGCUCUACCCUGUCCCAAAUUCCUGAGAAUGCGAGACCUAUGAGUACUGCUCUCUUCAAUUCUCCAAAAAGACGCACCGAAAUCGAUGAAAAUCUGGCCGAUAUACUUGACGUAAUCGACCCUGAAGUGUCUAUGUUAAACAAUGUUACCAAUAUCCAAAACUCACUUUUUGUACCCUCCCUCGGGAGAUUUAUUAACCGUCGCCCAACGUACCAGCUUUCGGUAGCGCCUGAGCAACCAAGAAUUCGAGAAGAAAAGGGCGAAGGCGAGGGCGAGGGCGAGGGCGAAGAGGAACAGUUUAAUUUUGAUCACGCUGUUAUUCCCGAUGGUGUGUUUCUAGAGGGUUGGACCGACGAGGAGAAGGCCGAGUUAAACGAUUACGUACGGCAUAUGUUGCAUUCGCGGCGAUCCAAGUUUAAACGGAACAUGAGAGCCUUCGGUCAAUACGUCAAGAAGCCACUCGGUUUCUUCGUGACACUUUACGCCACGCUCAUUACUUUGUUCGGUCUGGCCUGGGUCCUGUUUCUAAUCGGGUGGAUUUACGUCGGCGAAGAACAACUUUACAUUAUCAACGUCAUCGACAACGUGCUAGUAGCCCUAUUCGCCGUCGUGGGUGAUGGCCUCGCACCAUUUCGCGCCGUCGAUACAUACCAUAUGGCCUAUAUAGCUCGUUACCAUCGUUUGACGUGGAAGUUACGAGAAAAAAAGCGCAUGGGGAAUUUGCGCGACAAGAACGACCUGCCGACGAAUGAGGAUCUUGAAGCGGCCCGUGAUGAGCUUUCUGUUCUCACGCCACAACAGCAGGCUCGAUUGGUGCAUCACCAAACCAAGUUUGCCAAGUCCCAUACAUUUUACAAGCCGCACGAGACCAAAACGCACUUCGCGUUUCCACUCAACCUCCUAGUCACCAUCGUGACUUUGUUAGACAUGCACUCGUGUUUACAGAUCGCUCUGGGAGCAACUACGUGGGGCAUUGAUUGGCAUACGAGACCAAUGGCGAUAACGGCGACGAUCCUCUGCUGCUCCAUCGCCGUCAACAUUACAGCAGGAAUCUUGAUCAGUGUGGGCAGCCGGCGUACGCGUAAGAAGGACGUUGUUGAGCGCAUGUUCCGUCAGGAUCUGACACGCGAGGCAUUCGACAAGCUGCGGUCACGCGGCGAGAAACAAGGCAAUACCGAGAAGGAACUGAAGGCGAAAAAGGCAUUAGAGCAGGCGCCCCAAAACGAAGCAAAUGAUGACACAAAGAGUGAAGAGAUUAGAGGUGUCCCCAUAGAGAGCGGCAAGGAACAAAGAUACCCAGACAAUACCGGAACCUAGGUAUACAGGUUAAUGUCUAAUGAACUAAAUUUACUAUGUUUUGGAAUAUACCUUUUGAAGAAUAGAAGCCUUAGUUUUAGCAAUACACCAUUCGCAGAAUUAUAAA